AAGUCUGCUGCUUCGGAGAGCGGAUGCACCCUGCGCUCCCCGGCCCUGCGGGCGCACCUGGGCCGCGGCUGGCCCCCUCCGCGCUGGCUGCGCUCCUGGCGGGGGCCGCAGGCGGCUUCUGGGGGGCGGAGCUGCGAGAGGUCAGCGCGCCCGACGUCGCGCCGACGCCGACGCUCCCUCCGCCUGGGGCGGUCUGCCAGGUUCCGCUGGAGUGGGGCUGUCCAGAUUGCCCCGAGGUGCCGCCCUGCCCGGCCUGCCCGACGUGCCCCGCGCUGGAGGCAGACGGGCCGAGCGUGCUGGAGCAAGUGACCUCCCACCUGCUGGCUGGGGCGCUCUGGCGCGCGGCGGCGUGGGUCCAGGGGAGCGUCCGCAAGCCGGCCUCCAGGCGGGCCGCUGCAGGAGGCAGGCCGCCGCGAGAUGUCGCUGCUGAUGUUCGAGGAGGGCGGGGCGUGGUGGAGUGACCUGAAGCCGGGUCAGACCAUCGGGGUGCAGUACCGUGGCGACAUCGUCGACCACGAACGCUUGCUGUUGCACCCGUGUGCCAAAGAGAAGGACGUCUGGUACAUCGCCACCUUCGGCCUCAAUGAGUACCCAGAGGCCGUAGCGGUGGGCCUGGAUGCGGACAUCAUCAAAACCUCCCCGUUGCCUGAUGACGGGUCGAAGCCCGAUUGGCUCACGAGGAAGUUGUACCGCUUCCGUGUCUACCCCGACCGCAGCCAGCUGGUAGCCAUGAUCAAGCGCGGCUACCGGGCGGCCGUGAAGUACGAUGCGGGCGCCUCCCCGCCUGCGCUGGAGGACGUGCUGCUGCCGACGGGCGACGAGAUCGCGAUUGGCGAGCUGAUCCCUGGCUGGCCUGGGCCCGCGCGCAGGUUGCGGGACAAGCAGAGCGAAGCGGCCGGCGUCAGCGGCGCGGGCCUCCCAUCGCCGCUGCCUGCCGAGGAGCCGCCCGCUGCGCGGGUCGACUCUGCAGAGUUGGCGCCCGGCUUCCGCUGUUGCGCUAUGGGCUACAGCGACACGCUCUCGCCUGGCGACGAGGCCGCCUUGGGCGGGCAGACCUUCGAUCGAGCGGGUGCUAGCGACGUGCUGUUGCUAUGCUAGCCAGAGUAGAAUCUGUAGUAUGUGACUUCUGCCAGUUCGGGACCCCUUGGAGAAAGCGUGCCCGAUUUUUUUAAAUUAUAUAUAUAUAUAUAUAUAUGUGACUGGAUCCCAAAAACAGACCUGCUUGGCCUUCAGCGCAUUUGCGCAGGCAAACACGGCUUUUGCAGCGCAGCCAAGUGUAGACGCCACCAGUUAGAAGGAUCGGCUAUGCCACGUAGAGCCCAGGCUUGCCCGAAAGAACUGUGCCAGUCGUUAGUUCACUCCGUGUUGCAUAAGGCACAGAAUGCUCAGAUCAAUUAUUCCGACCUUGCUCUCACAACCCGGCCGGCUUCGCGCUGUGAGGUUCCUCCCACGCGCGCUGCUAAGGAAGGGUCGGGCGCGCUCUGCAAGGGGGUCCACAUUGCUCGCGUUCUAGCAGGGGUCAGAGUGGGCGACCUCUCCUUGGCGCAAGGUUUCAACGCCUACAUGGCUGCAGAUCCCGACUUCCUUCGGGAAGAUGGCAGCGGUCAACGGGAUACUGCGGCCCCUUCGCAGAUUUGCGUGCCAGGGCCAGAUGGGGUCGCGGACUCAUCCGCGACCGCUGGCGCUGGUCCAAGUUGUGCUGCAGCCUCAGUGCGUUCCGAGACGGCAGCU